AAACAUAUCAAAUCAUUAUAAUAAAUAUAUCAUUUUCUAUAAUUUUUAAAUUUUAAUACAAUAAUAAUUUAAUAAAAUCAAUUAAUUUUAUUGAAAUUUACAAUUUUUUAUAAAAAAAUACAAAAUUUCUAUAUAUGUGGAACAAUUUUUCUUCUAAAACGGAAGGUGUAUAUUCAAGAAAAUAAAAUUAUGAAAUCUUAAAUUAAUCCAAUUUUCCAUCUUACUGACAUGAGAUAAUUAUAAACAAAAGAUUAUUUAAUCACUCACUUGCAAGUCAUUAAUAAACAAAAGCUUAUUAAUCACUCACUUACAACAAGCUUACUGACAUGAGAUAAAUAUAAACAAAAGCUUAUUAAUCACUUACUGACAUCUUAUAACUAUAAGAAAGAACCUUAUUAUAUAUCACUCACUUGCAUGACACUAGUUCUGCAGAUAAUUUUGUUUAUGGGCUUAGCCCAGCAUAUAUUUUAGAGCCCAAUUUGUAUCUGUCUCUUCUUCUACCUAGCAAGAGAACCUCUGCAACAUCUCAGGUAACAAUGUUCACCAGGUUUCGUCUAGUUACGAAUAAGACUUUCUCCACCACCACCGUUCUUAGGCUCGUGUCUUCACGCGCCUCCACGGACACGUCAUCCUUAUCUCAUCAUAAUAGCUUGAAGGAGAUACUGAGAAAGAACGGUCCACGAUUCAGCGUCCCUUCCCUGCUCCAGCAACGACUCGACUCGGGCCACCCCGUCACGUUACCGGAGCUCCGGUCCAUCACCAACCGCCUCAUUAAAUCUAACCGCCACGAUAUCGCACUCCAGAUGAUGGAGUGGAUGGAGACUCAAAAAGACGUUCACUUCUCUGCCUACGACACGUGUCUUAGAUUGGAGUUAAUCAUCAAAAGCCACGGCUUGAAACAAGCAGAGGAGUAUUUUGAGAAGCUCUCUCUUAAAGCUUCAAAAGCAUCUUAUCUUCCACUGCUUCGUGGUUAUGUUAGGGAUAAACUGGUUCUUGAAGCUGAAUCUCUCAUGGAGAAGCUGAAUGGAUUGGGGUUUCUCGUCACUCCACACCCAUUCAACGAGAUGAUGAAGCUUUACGAAGCCACUCACCAGUACGAGAAAGUGGUUUUAGUGGUUUCGUUGAUGAAGAGGAACAAGAUACCGAGAAAUGUUCUUUCUUACAAUCUCUGGAUGAACGCUUGUUGUGAAGUAUCCGGUGUGGAGUGUGUUUACAAGGAGAUGGUUGAUGACAAGAGUGUUGAAGUUGGGUGGAGCUCUUUAUGUGCUCUAGCGAAUGUUUAUGUGAAAGCUGGUUUUGUUGAGAAGGCGAGUUUGGUGCUUGAGAGUGCGGAGAAGAAGUUGAACAGAAGCAAUAGGCUUGGAUACUUCUUCCUCAUCACACUCUAUGCAUCUUUAGGAAACAAGGAAGGAGUUGUGAAGCUUUGGGAACGUUCAAAGUCUGUUUCCGGCAGGGCUACUUGUGCAAACUACAUAUGCGUGUUGACGUCCUUGGUGAAACUUGGUGAUCUUGCAGAGGCUGAAAGUGUGUUUAGUGAAUGGGAGGGGACAUGUUUUAACUAUGAUGUUAGAGUCUCCAAUGUUCUUUUGGGUGCUUACAUGCGUGGUGGAGAUAUCCGCAGAGCCGAGGGGUUGCACCACCGUGUGUUGGAGAGAGGAGGUGUUCCAAACUAUAAGACUUGGGAGAUUUUGAUGGAAGGGUUUGUGAAGUGUCAAAGUAUGGAGAAAGCUAUCGAUGCUAUGCACCGAGCGUUUGAACUGAUGAAGGACUGUCAUUGGAGACCGUCACAAAAGAUUGUCAUGGCCAUUGCUGAGUACUUUGAGAAGGAGGCGAAGAUGGAUGAAGCUAACAGAUAUGUUAGAGAUUUACAUCGUUUAGGUCUUGCAAGCUUACCGUUAUACAGAUUAUUACUUAGAAUGCAUGAACAUGUCCAGAGGCCAGCUUCUGACAUCUAUGAAAUGAUGAAGUUGGACAAUAUUAUAAGGGAAAAUUGGAAAUAUAGGACACUUUGAACUUUGAUUUGUCACAAUAAUAUUUUGUCUAAGUUUUUUGUCUUAUUAAGAUUUUAAUUAAUGUUAAUACGAUUAUACCCUUAGAUUAUUGAAAUUUUAAUUUAAUUAAAAUAUAGAAUGUUUAUUAAUUAGAUUUAUUUAUAAUUGUUUUUACAUUAGGGAUGUAAAGAAAAAUCAAAAGCAUUAAAAGUUAUGUAAUUGUGUAUGUUUCAUUUUUUCUUCUUCCACAAUUCAAAGCACGACAAUUUUUCACAAAUACCUUUAUGAGGUUUCUGUUCUCAUCUUCUUCUUUAUCUUCUCAGAUUAUUGUCUCCAUCUUUACUUGAUAUCCUUCUUAGCCUCUUUGAUUUCGCAUUGUGUCAUGUGAAGAUGGUUUAUAGCAUCUUCGAUUUUAUUUCGUAUUUGAUUUGAUGGGUGAUUUUCUUUUGUUCUUGAUUAGAUCCUUUGUUAAAGGCGGCCAUUAAAUCGGAGUCACCAAAAUUAUUCACGUUUUUAAGUUUUGAAAGCUUGAAACUGGAAGAUACAUGCUAAAUCUACAAAUUUAAACCAUACCCAACAAAAAAAAUGCAAAAAUAAUGGACGAAAUCAAUCAAAGAAAGCAUGGCGG